CCUAAACGAAUGGUGGACUUCAGCUUUAUGACGGUGUGUCAGUCCUAGCUCGGCUCCCUUCAAGCGUGAAGCAACCAACGAUGAGGAGCCACACACUCGCCGUCGCUGUGGGAGUGCCUCGUUCUCUGUUGCUUGUCUGUGUCCUGCUGUGCCUGGCCAAAGGUACCGAAAGACGCCCAGAUGCAAGCACUGUGCAAGCCACACGUGUGUUUUCCUAUCACCCUCUGCUUGCCUGCUUCACUGCCUGCAGGCGCCCUCUGUGCCGAUGCUGCCAACCCUGACCAUGUGAGCGCCACGACACACCCACACGCCACAAAGAUCAGGCUCGGAAACGAGUGUCUGUGUUCGAGACUUGGACUGACGGUGACACACACCUCUCUCUUUGCCCUUCUCUGUCUGUCUGUGCGAAUCAAUCAGGGUAUUCCUCGUUGUGUGCAUGGUGUUGUGAGUGGCGUGUGUCUUGACAACGACGAGCGGACGUAUGGUGAGGUCUAUGAGGCGUCCGAGGGCGACCCCUCCGAUGUGGUCUUUGCCGCCACAUCCGUCACUACCGACGACCGCUACCUCAGUCCCGCCAGCGUGGCUUUCGACCCUCCUACUCUCGUCCUCAUGGAGAGGUCAGUCAGUGAGUGAAGGAAGGGCACACCGAGAGCGCGACUGCAAACGCAAAACGGGAUUCUGUGUGUGUUCGUGUGUGACAGGCCGAUUUGUAUCCCGGUGUGGGAGACUGUUCGCUUGACCAAUCGGCUCGAGGAGGACCUACACAUAUUCUCUGUAGAGGUGCGCAACCCACACACACACACAGAGGACAUCACCUAGACAGACCCACGAGGUAAAACUCUCCCUUCCUUGCUCGUUGUCUGUCUCAGGCCGACGAUCCGGCGGUUCAUCCGUCUGUGAUGAAGCUGGAGGUGUUGGGGCCUGGCGACAGCACCACUGUGCAGGUGCUGGUGGUGCCGCUGCAAGUGGGGAGGAUCGACGCCACACUCACUUUCAGGACAAACGCGGGACCGCUCGUCUACCAUCUGACUGCAGAGGUGACUUACACGGGGAGGGAGGGAGGGAGGGAGGGAGGCGGGUGUGUGGUUUGACGUCGGUGUGAGUGUGUCCCACCCACCACCACCAUGUGUGUGUUCCCCUCUCUCUGCCUGGCCUGCAGGCGAUAGAGAAUGCGUAUUGGGUUGAGCCGAUUGUGGCUGAGAGGGUGCCUGUCGGGGUGGCGUUCAGGCCGAGAGUCCAGAUAUACAACCCUUAUGAUGAAGUAAGGCGAGUCGCCUCAGCCAACACACACACAAGCCUUGAUUCAUGGCAACCUUGUGCUUAUGUUAUGCUCUGUUGUGUGUCCCCUCCAUCCAUCCUUGAAUAUGUCAGCCCAUGCGAGUGCAGGAGAUUUUCACGACAGAGGGCUUUCUCCAGCUGGUCUUGCCCGAGCAGGUUGUGGGCUCACUGGGUCUCUCAUCGCGGCAGCUGGACUCCCUCAACAUGCUGAGCGAGCCGCCGCCGCCAUCCAACGGCCACAAACCGCCAUCGCACCCGCUCACGCCGCCCACACAAACGCUCGAGAGCAUCGGCAACCCGGCAUACCCCACGGGGUUCGCCUCUCUUGAGAACUCCUUGGCGUCUCUCGCGUCCUUCUCGCCCUUUGUGGACGGCAGCAGCGACCCGCGUUCGUCGCCCGCCAUUGCUGCCCACCCGAUUGGUGACGGGUCGCAGCAAAUCGGGGACAGCGAGCCACUCGAGACAUUAGAAGAGGCCAGGGCAAGGACAGAGGGCCAGCAAAGGCAUGAAGGCAGGAGACGGGCAGAUGAGGAGAGUGGUGUGGGUAAGGGAGAGGGGGAGAGGGAGAGGGAGGGGGAGAGGGAGGGGGGCGGGUUGGGGGAGUCAACAGCAGCAGCAGAGGGCAGCAGCGGCAAUGGCAGUGGUGCCAACGUGGUGUACCAGUCGCUCCGUGUGAGUGACCGGGGAGGGGGGGACGUCAACGGGGAGUGGGGCAGGCUGGCCGAGAAGAGCUGGACCAUUCCCGGGCACGGCAAUCGCACCGUCAUCCAGCUCAACUUUGUCGGACAAAAGGCCGGACAUUACAAAGGUGCCUUAGGCAAGGCAACACACCAGCCGCAACACACUCAGCACAUCUAUUGUCCGUCUGUCUCUCUGUCUGUCUGCACAGGUUUUGUGCAUGUCAAGACGGAUCGCGAGACGAUGCUGGUGCCGGUGAGCAUCGAGUGCGUGCAGGAGGAGGGCGGGGGGCUGCAGAUUUCCCCCGAAGAGCUCGACUUCCAGACGCUCGUCUCAAGGCAACAGGCCAGGGUCAUGUCGCUCUUCGUUGCCAACGCUUCGCCAUACCGUGAGCAACGAAGCCCCAUAUAUAUGCACCCCUGUGUGUGGACGUAUGUUAUGUGGGGUGUGUGUUCGGCAGCUGUGUCGUUGACCAAGCUGACUCAGCCAGCCUACCAGAACGAUUCGCGGCUGAUUUUUCACUUUGAUCAGAAUGUGAUGGUGCCGCCGGGACAGACAAUAAGGUAUGGUAUGCCACACGCACACAAGCCAACGACACGACGCCCCGCCCCGCACACACACUCCACGCUGUGCUUGUGUGCGCGUGUCAUGUGUGCAGGUACGCGAAGGUGACGUACAUGGCGAGCGAGGAGGGUGACUUCAGCGGCACUGUGCUGCUGCACACCAACGCCACAUCGGCCGUCUUCGCAGCCAAGAACGCCACUACCCCCACAGUCGCAGUGGCCUCAGCAGGAGGAGGCAGCAAAGGCGGCAAGAAGACCACCAAGAGCUCAGGCAUAUUCGAGAUACCAUACAGGGUCAGAAAUAAGAAAGGCAUAGAGGAGACAUGUGUUGUGUGGAUGAGUGGGAUGGGGAUUGGGUUGUGUUGGCUGCACUGCAGGCGCGUGUGGUGUUUGGCUCCCUGGGUUUCUACAACGAGCAGACCAAGUUCACCUGUCCGGCGCACUGGCUGCCGCCGCACUGCAACGUGACGCGCCAGAUCUCCAUCAGCAACUUCUUCCACCUGCCCGUCAAGAUCCUGGGGGCGCGCAUCACCGACCCCUCCUUCGAGAUAUUCGACUUCAAGAAGGACACCACGCUCAUCUCUCGGGAGUCCUUCGAGAUUCUGCAGCUGCGGUUUAGGCCACAGACGCGGCGGCAGCUGUAUAAGACCGACCUCGAGCUCAUCACCAAUAUCACCAACGUCAAAAUACCCAUCAAGGUGGGUGUGAUGUGAUGCGGACACAUGGACACAGAUGCGAUGCGUGGAUGGGAUGGAUACGCCGUUUGCCAUGCUGUCUUGCUGUAUGUGGUGUGUUGAUUGAUGUGGUGUAGGUCUACCACGGUUUGUUGUAUUGCCAGACGGCCGACGAGGCGAUGCAGGAGUGCUGCUUCAACGACAGGAGCAGGCACAUUGACCUGGGCACCAUCGGGGCCGGCGAGCGCACCAAACAGACCUUCAACCUGUCCAACCCCAACCCCAGCAACGUCACCAUCGAACGAAUCACAUCAGAAGACCCUUCAGUGUCACUCACCUUCGAGGUCAGUCAGCAGUGAGGGAGAAAAGAAAGGAGCCUCCAAAUAGAUAGAAACCCAUACAGACCCGUUCGCCACAUGUCUUAAUGUUGUUCAGGGGCUGCUGGGCAACGGCUGGUCUCCGUUGCGUGCGGUGUUCGGUCAGCCGCUGUCAGAGCUUCUGCCGCUGACUCUAGGCCCCGGCACUCGCAUGCUCAUCAACGUUCACGCACAGGCGCCAUACGGCAUAUCGCACCCACCGAGAGACUUUGCUGUCAACCUCACCACCGACGCCGCAGAAAUCAUCACGGUAAGGCCGGCUGGGCCUUGUAGGGACGCGUGUGUCUCUCUGUUGGUGUGUGGUGUCUGCAGCUGAAUGUGCGCUAUGAGAGCGUGUCUGGUGCUCUGUCUGCGAUGCCGUCGCUGCUGAGGUUCGAGGCAUCGUUCCCUGGGAGAGUCCAGAGCAAGGUGAGCAAACAAACUCCCGGACAGCGUAGCGUCAGAUUACACUGCACCUCUUCUGUGUGUCGACCGAUCGCUGCAUCGCAUCGCCUCAGGUGUUGGCUGCCCGGUCGACAUUUGAGCGUCCGCUGCAGAUCCACGCCAUCCGCUCGACGGACCCGCGCAUCGUGGUGGAGCCCCUCAAUCGCACCGUCACCCUCAAACCUCUCGCAAAGACAGAUCUUGCUAGGGUUUACUUUGACCCCGCACAAGUCAAUGCUGAAGGUACGCCCCGCCCCGUCCCGCCCCGCAACAUAAACGAUGGAUGGAAAAUAUCAUCAGCUCAUGGACGUGGGAUGUCGUGUUUGUUGUGUGUGUGACUGCAGCAAACUAUUUAUUUGAUCCCACGUUCAAUCUGGAUUGGUCGCAGCCGCUGGACGGCCGAGUCGUGGCGUCGUACAACCAGCGGCAGCGGAUGUGGGAAGAUCUGGGGGCCGCGGGUGCGACCGACAUCAAGGCGCAGCUGCAGUUCGACGCCACGCCCGCCCUCUCGUCCACGGUGCAGGUGCGUGCCUUCCUCAACAAGCCGUCCAUCAUCGCAUCGCAUGCGACGGGCAUGACGCGAGACUACAAGCUCGAGUUUGGCCUGGGCGACAUCGGCGGCAAGGCAACCAGCAAGUUUCUGACGGUGCAGAAUCCAUCGGAUCAGCCGCUUGCUGUGCAGCUUGUACUGCCGCCAAGAUCGCCCUCCCCUGAUGUGCCCCUGGACAGGGGAGGCGUCAACACGCUGGCGCAGCAGACGGCAUGUGGGCCGUGGAAGCUGCCCUCUGAGGCGACGAAUGUGGUGUUCCUCAAGCCGCAGGAGGAGAGGAGGGUGGGGCCCAUCCUGUUCGACCCCCACAACAUCAAAACCUACUCGGCCGUGCUCUACGUCCGCAACAAUCUCACAAUGGUGUGCCCCGUGACACUCACGGGCACAGGAGGCGCCUCGCGGGUCGUCUUCGAGGGGCCGAAUAAGGUCAAGGUCGAUGUGCGGUCGGCGGAGUCGUUCUCGCUCAUGAGUUCAAAGCCCAUCGCCAAAAAGGCCCAGGUGUUUGUCAACGACCAGAAGCUGCCGGCGGAGGUCAGCCGGGUGGAGCUGAGGGGCAAGAUCAAUUGCCGCCCCGUGGGGGCGUCACACGUCCUCUGCGCCCCCCUCACAGCGGCGGAGAAGACGGACCAGAAAAAAAUGGACAGAGAGGCCGGGCAGGACGCCAACGACCUGUUGAUCCGUCUCUACACCACCAACCAGGGGACGCUGGACGUGCCACUCGAGUCUGAUCUGCCGCCGGCCGUCAUCGCACUCAUCCGAUCGGUCCCCUUCAACCCUGCCCACGCCCUCACCUGUGGCUGCACCGUCCUUGCCGUGGUUGUGGGCACUCUCCUGGCAGUCCACCGAUACGCCAGGCCGGCAGUAGUGUGGCUCGUCAAGGUCCUGCCGUAUGCCAAGACCAUCGAGCUCAUCCCAUUUCCGUGGCUGCGUGCAUGGUUUGAGGAGGCCCUGCAGCCAUACCUGCAUCCGCCGCCAAAGGAGAGGCGCGGUGGGGCCGGCCGCAAGAAGAACGGCAAGAAGAGUGAGAAGCUCGUCGCGUCAGAGGAGGAGUCUCCCGUCGCCCUCCCCGCCGACACUUACAGGAGAUGGCUGCCCGCUCGUCUGUGGUCUCGCCUGGUGUGGCGGAGGAGUGGCGACUCGAGCCCCUCGCGCGUCCCCCCGCCAGCACCACAGCCGACACCACCAGUCGCUGCACCUGCAGUGGCCCAGCCGCAGACGGCCCCAGUCGAGGAGACACCAGCACAGGCGAUCUCUCAGACGGCGACUGACGACGUGGCCAAGAAGCCCGCUGACACCAAGAAGGACACCAAGGGCCGCAAGCGGCAUGCGAACAAACAGCAGACGGCGCGCCCGGUCUCUGGGGGUAGCAGCUCUAGCACAAGCGCCACGACCACGCCGACCAGCGUUACCACGACUCCGAGCGGCAUGCGCGACGAGGAAGAGAUCCCCGCGUCGCCCACACCCGAUCCAGAGGUGCCCCCGAGGACGGCAGAGGUGGCAACAACCGAGGCCUCAAAGGUGGUCAAGGGCAAGAAGGACGAGAGGCACAAGGGCGGCAAAGGCAAGGAUGGGACCAACAAGAGACCCGCUGCCACCAUGGGCGGCACGCAUACCUCCAAGUCGCCCAAGGAGAAGAAAGGCCGCGAGGAGGACGCGGGUAACGAUGCUGACGACGAGGGAUGGGCCAAAGUGGAGUCGAAUCGCAAGACGACGGGUCGGGCGGCACCACCACCAACCCCCACGCCCACCCCGCCCCCCUCUGUACCGACCACCACACAGCUCAAGGCGGCGAAGAUCGAGGUGCAAACACGACCGGCGCGGCCCAAGCAAGACGAUGGCAAGAAGAAACAGCAACCGGUUACCGCAGCUACCGCCCCUCCAGUGACCGUGACUACAGCAGAGCCGCCCCGUCUGCCGCUGCCGUCAACCAACACGCCGCCGACCACGGGCAUCCGGAAGCCUUCUUAUCCCUACUAUCCAUCCCUGUCACCGCAGACGCGCUCCGUGGCCACGCCCACGUCCACUGGCGGCAAUGCGACCCCAUCACGCACACCCACACACCAGCAGCAGCAGCAGCAGCAGGCAGCCAGGAGGGGCGGAGUGGUGCCACAACAACAGGCCACACCAACACAGACGACGCCACCAGAGGAGGAAGCAGCAACACGACACAUCAAGAUCCUCCAGCGGCCCAAGAACGCCCCUCCGCCCCCCCAGCAGCGGCCAAUUCACACCGCCAACCUGUCACCCGUUUUCCCGGCCAUCGUGCCCAGCAGCAGCGGGUCAAUCGCAAAGGUUGGCGACACCACCAUGCCCGCAAUACCGCCGCGACCACAAGGCCCGCCGGCCCCGCAGCAGCACCCUAAAGCUGCCGGCAAGGUGGCGACUGACAAGGCACCUGCGGCAAGGCGCGUGACGCUCUCCGUGUGGGACACGCCAGUGGUCCAGCAACGAAAGCAGGAGGAGAGGACGGUGGCCACAAGGCCCGUGCAGCACCUAUCGCUGGAGCAGCAGCACCGAGGCAUCCUGGACGAUCUCCGCACCGCCACGGAGCAGCAGCACGCCGCUCUCGGCCCCAUCGGUCCGUCUGCCAACGUGAAGCGCCCCAGUGUGGGGGUCAUCGGGGCGACUCCAGGUCGAGCUGUCGAUGAGCCUGUCCCGCCCUCUGGUGGCGCCCACGUCGACGCUGGCCUUCGUGGCACCUUCCUGCCGCCGGCUUACCCCUCUGGCCCGUCGCUUUUUUCCGAGGCCAGCCAGGACCUCCUGCCGCAAGUCAAGCCAUUUCCAGGGCUGGGACUGGCCACACACACUAACACCAACACCACCAGCUGGGGGGCGGCCAAGCAGCCAGAGCGGACCACCAUGCACCAGACGUAUCCGUCGAGAUCGCCGUCUACAUCUCCGCUACUGGCCAAGAUGGGCGGCAACGGGCCCUCGGCCUCGCCCCAGGGCUCGCCGGAGAGGCGCGCGUCGUCGGUGGCGCCCAUCCCGAUGUCGCUGCUCGAUUUCAUGGACAACGACAACGAGACAGAGACCGGCACAGGAUACGGCAGGAAGGACACACUCCUCUCUGAUGCAUCGUCCGCCAACGGACAGGGGCAGCCGACGGUACCCGGCACCUCCCAGUCGAUCGGCUCUGACGGCAGCAACAACAAGACCGACUCCGAGUCGUGGAACUUCCGCACCCGCCCCUCCGGCCCGUCGCUCUUCUCUGGCUCGCUGUUCAUGUCGCUCAACUCGGGCCCCAGGCCGCAGCCAGCACCAGUGGACAUGGGUGGUGAGGUGCUCGCUGGCGAAGUGUCCCACACGUCGCCCGACACCCGCACACCUUUCGCCGCCCACUUCCCCUCGGCCAUGGCGGCACCCUUCCACCCGCGCCAGCAGCCAUUGGCUGAGGACGAGAUGCCUGAAUGGGCGAGGAGCGAUGUGACGCCGCAGCAGUGGGAGUGGGGGGCAUAGUGAUGGAAAUGCUACGUGGGGAGUGGUGGGAGGGGGAGCGGUGAGCGUGUAAGCUACGUAAGGUCCCUUGUGCCGGGACAGUACUGAGAGGGGCGGGGAGGGGAGGGGCGGCGCUGGGCAGAGAGGAGAUGAGGGUUGGGGUGCCAUGCCGUGACUGCAGUGUCGUGAGCGAGGUUUGAAUGAAUGGAGGCACGGCUCGAGUUGUCAUUCUGAUUUGAUUUAUACGUCUCGCCGCUGGCUGGCACUGGUGUCUCGGGUCUUUGCCGUCUUGCGUCUGAAGGUCAAGGAUGCUCCCGUUGUUUCCGGUGGGUGUCAUUUUCCUUUGGACGGGCGACUGGAAAGGCCAGAGGCAUCCAGUGCAUCGCAACGCGGCUACAGAAUGCAAAUUCGCUACUUGCCUGAGGGAACGUAAUUGUCUGAGCAUGAAGACAAUGACAACACACAGCACGGCCUGACCUGUGUAGGUCCAAGGGCGUGGCGUAGCGACUGAGAAUAAUGCGUGUCCGUGACUCUGCGUGUGUCCGUGUGCAUGUGUCUGCGGUGCGGUUGGCUGUCUGGGUGGGGCUUUCGGUGGCUGGGUGGCUGCGGGAUGGUAUGGUAAUGCAUGUAUGUGUUGACAUUGAUGUGUCUCGUCGGUCGUGAUGGGACACUGACUGACUGCAAAUGGGAGAGAAAGAAAGCUGCGGCUUUUUAGCGUUAAGACAAGGCCGGCGGACACUCGGGCAGACGCGGGCAAGCGCCGGCAACGCGACAUACACACACCACACACCUAGGCAAUUUGCACCCUGCUCGUGGUGAUACGUUCGGUGUUGGGGGGUCGAUCUUUGUCUGUGAGAGUGCAUUGGGGAACUGAGACCGCAGAGAGAGAGAGAGAGAGAGAGCGGGAGAGCGAGCAGCAGGGUGCACAAAGGGAUGCGCGAGGGGGAAGAGACCAACAGGUAUUUCUUGUGCUUGGUUGUCCCUUGUUGAAACUCUUGAAACCGGCAGACAGACAUGAAUGAAG